AUGUCAGCAACAACUCGCGCAGAUAGCUCAAAUCCAAACAAUGUCACGGCGGAUGGAAGCAAUUAUGAGCUCACACAUGGUGGUGUAGGCUGGCCGUCAUCGGAAGAAGAGGACCCAGAUGAUUUGGAUGAGCAAUGGGACGAUUGGAUUGAGGAUGAAAGCACGCCUACCACCACUUUGAUUUACCCACCAGUCACGGCCCCAUCCGUCGAGGCCGCCCUCGAACAUGACCUCAAGAACUACGGAUUUUGCUUCAGAUCACUAAUCAAAAGACUCAAGCUCGACGCUGUUGGUAGAAUCAAACUGGUCAAUUGGAUUCGUGCCGGACCCUCGAACAGUCGGACAAAAUCUGAAUUGGAAAACUUGGCCGAGAAUGUGGAUUGGCUGCGUCAAGAUUCCGAAGAAUGGAUGAUUCCAAGCUUACCAGAGGAUGGGAUGUUAAGGUUUGACUUUGAUGAAGAGCUUGAAUUGGAUGGAACAAGUACAGCGGCGCGCAUGGUUGGCCCGUCCUGUGGAUCCGAAGUGGGCCUCAACCAACGCUUGCUUGCAACCCAAGAGGAACUAGAACGACUCAGAGCACUCAUGAAACGUACCCUACAUGACGGCACGGAUCCCAAGCUAUCAAACUCCCCACCCACCAACCGGUGGUAUAAAGUAGUACUGCCCCCGAGUGAUGGCGAUGGGCUACCUAGUGAAGAGAAAGCUCCCACAACACUCGUGGUGGAUUCGCAGUCUUCGGACGAAGAACAGGAUGAAUUAGAUGAGCAAUGGGACGACUGGGUUGAGGAUGAAAGCACGCCGACAUCUACUUUGGUUUAUCCCUCAGUCACCGCGUCAUCUGUCCAAGCCGCACUUGAACACGACCUCAACACCCAUGGGUUUUGCUUUAGAUCGCUGAUCAAAAAACUCAAACUGGAUGCUAUCGGUCGGAUCAAACUGAUUAAUUGGAUCCGUGCCGGACCCUCGAACAGUCGGCCAAAAAUCGAGUUAGAAAACCUGACCGAAGAUCAGGCUUGGCUGGGUCAAGACUCUGAAGAAUGGAUGGUUCCAAGCUUACCCGACGACGGAAUGCUACAAUUCGACUUUGAUGAAGAUCAUGAGGUCGAUGAAACAAGCAUAACGGCACGGUCGGUUAACGGACGCUCUGGAGCUGACCAGCCUAACCAUUCGAUUGACCUCAACGAACGCCUACUUGCAACGCAAAAGGAAUUAGAAGACCUGAGAGCUCUCCUACAUCGCACCAUGAAUGACGAUACGGAUUCCAAACUAUCAUACGCCUGA